CAUCAUCACGGACAGAAAAAAAACUCGAGGUCCUCAGUUGAAGGACCUCGCAGAGUAGUAAACAAAAGAGGCGCUUCGUUAAUUAACCAACAGUCAUCGAUUUUAGCCGAAUCAACUUUGUUAUAAGUUGUUAUUGAUCACAACGCGAUGGCAGAGGACAGUGAACUGGAGAAGCGUGCAGUGGAGGAGCUCCUCAAGGAGACUGACAGGGCUCGGGUGAGAGCGGAGACCAUGGGCCCUGCAGGAUGGUUGAAAUGUCCACUGCGGAGUACCAACAAGCGCUUCCUCCUCAACACCCUGCGCUCCACCGGCCUGCAGCGGCACACCGGUGAGCCCAGCUCUGCCAAAAGAGGACGCCUGAGGAGCGAGUCCCCGGACAGAAGCCGUGUGCGCAGCAGAACGCCUCCCAGAGAUCACAGGAAUAAUGGAGGCCACACAGACCAUAAACAUCAUAGGAGCAGCCGCGGCAACAAAGAUAAGAAGCAGGAUAGAGACAAGGGAAGGAGCCACAGGCACAAAGACAACAGAGAGCAGAGACACGGGAAGGAUGGUCGGAGCACAGACAAAGACAGACACCGACUUCAUAAAUGAAAGGACUUCUGUGCAGGUCAGGAACACUGCUUUUCCAGAGGCCACUCCCCUGUCCAGGAAACACAGAGGUGGACACUCCUCUGACCAGCCAACAUGCUCCACAGACCUGCCAGUGGGCUGAUAGGACAUGGCUGACAUGUUGCAAAUGGAGGGAAAAGACAGAAAAGACUCAUUUUAAUCCCUGCAGAUGAAGGAGGACUAAUGUUUUUUUAUUAUUAUUAUUAACAGUUCACUUUUGAGGGUACAACCACAUUGUAGUGUUGAGGUUAAGUCCAAGCCUUUUUUCUUACAUUUCCACAGAAAAUGUUAGUGAAAAAAAUAAGAAAUGGCCGUUAUAGUCCAGAUAACUUUUGAUAAAUGCCAUUUUAAUUUGA